AAAGAAGCGCAGUGGACGGGUUCUUCUACAACCUGAAAAACCUUUGAAUAGCACACCGCUAGAAAAUAAUCUAGACAGGGGAGAGAUUUCACCUUAAAAAAAAUAUUUAAAGCUUUUAUUUAAAGAGACUGAAGUUUCAGGACCAUGACGUUUUUCUUAUUUACGCCAGUGCCUUUUCUCUGUCUCCUCAUUUGUCUUCCCGUCUCAUCAACUUCAGAGGUUAACAGCUCAAAUAACAUGGCAAAAAAGGGUCGGAUCUUUCCUCUGAUUAAUAAUUCCAUUCCAGAGGAGUAUAAGGAGCAGAUGCAGAGCUACAGCUUUACACUAGUGGUUCCUCUUCUCUGCUUCUUCGCCUUUUUCAUUGGACUUCCCACAAACCUGUUGGCCCUCUGGGUGCUGCUCUUGCGAACUAAGAAGCUCCCAUCCACCAUUUUGCUGAUCAACCUCACCAUCUGCGAUCUUCUGCUACUGCUGGUGCUCCCCUUCCGUAUCGUCUACCACUUCCUGGGCAACAACUGGACAUUUGGAGACCCAUUCUGCCGGGUUGUAACUGGGCUCUUCUAUGGAAACAUGUAUGGCUCAGUGGUUUGUCUGGCACUGAUCGCUAUGGAUCGCUAUGUAGCUCUUGUUCACCCUUUUGGUGCAAAGAUGCUUAGAAGUAACAAGAAUUCUGUCUAUAUGAGUGUUUUGGUUUGGAUAGUGGUUUUAGCUGCUGUUGUGCCCUUGUUAGCCUCACAACAGUCCUAUAAGAUAGCCAACCUCCCUAUAACAACUUGCCAUGAUGCACUACCUAUAGAACUGCAUACAACAUACUUCCUGCCAUACUUUACUACUCUCUUCUCCCUCUGUUUCCUGCUUCCACUGCUGGUUGUGCUGUUCUGCUAUUCUGCAGUGUUACACACCCUUAUGGCUGAUAGGCAGCGUUUUGCUCAUGCAAUUAGAGUGACUGUGCUGAUAUUAAUUGUUUUUGUGGUUUGCUUAUUGCCUAGUAACAUUCUCUUGCUUUUGCAUUACUCCAAAUCAAACUUUGACCUUUAUGUUCCAUACCAGAUCACUUUGUCUUUCAGCACCUUCAACAGCUGCUUAGAUCCUAUCAUCUUUUAUUAUGUGUCUAAGGAUUUCAGAAAGAAGUUAUGGGAGACCCUCAGAUGCUCUUGGUCUGAUUCAGAAUCCUCCUCAGAAUCUAGGACAAAGAGGACCUUACUAUCAAAGAUGAGCAGGUCUGACACAAAAGCUUGAUCAUGAGGUUAGCACAGCAGGCACGCGAAUCAGAAGAUAUCAGGUUACAGUAUAUAACUCAAACUCAGGUUAUAUAACCCAUCUGUCAGUCUGCCUAUCUGUGUAUAUACCUCAAAAUUAGUUUAAUUUGCACAGG